CUUAGUCUUCUCUCUCUCUCUCUCUCUCUCUGUCUCUACACUGCUGUAGCUGGACCUCUUUGCCUUCGCAGCCUCUGAGCGUCUGUACACCCCCAAUGGCUAAAACUGCAAUGGCCUACAAAGAAAAGAUGAAGGAGCUGUCCAUGCUGUCUUUGAUCUGCUCCUGUUUUUACCCUGAACCUCGCAACAUGAACAUAUACACAUAUGACGAUAUGGAAGUUAAACAGAUCAACAAACGUGCCUCUGGCCAAGCUUUUGAGCUGAUCUUGAAGCCACCUUCUCCAGUCUCAGAAGCACCACGAACUUUAGCUUCUCCAAAGAAGAAAGAUUUGUCCCUUGAGGAGAUCCAGAAAAAGCUAGAAGCUGCAGAGGAAAGGAGAAAGUCCCAGGAGGCCCAGGUGCUGAAACAACUGGCAGAAAAGAGAGAACAUGAACGAGAGGUCCUUCAGAAGGCUUUGGAGGAAAACAAUAAUUUCAGCAAAAUGGCAGAGGAAAAACUGGUACUGAAAAUGGAACAGAUCAAAGAAAACCGUGAAGCUAACCUAGCUGCUCUUAUUGAACGCCUCCAGGAGAAGGAGAGGCAUGCUGCAGAGGUUCGCAGAAACAAGGAGCUCCAGGUGGAACUGUCUGGCUGAGCCCAGCAGUGGAGAGGGUGGGAUAACUCCCCAUCGCUCCCCAAACUCCCCUGCCUAUAUUAAUACAGAUCAUGAGAUAUUAGU